CACACCUUUACGUUCUUGCGUCGCAUAGUUGAUUCCACUUGUUCAAUUUGGUUCAUAAUAAUUAACUAUCGCUUUCCACGUAGUGUUUUAAGGUAAAUCCAAAAUGGGACUUAGGAAGCCAGUUUUGUUCUACUUCGCAGUUGUGUUAGUGAUAUUGAGCACUCUGACUCAUGAAACCGAAGCCCGACGAAGGAUCCUCAGAGGAAGGAGAGUUAUGACCCGUACAUAUUACCGUGGAAACGCAGUACCGGCGUGGGCAAUAAGUUUGUUGGCUGGAAUCGGAAUGUUAAUAAUCGGAGGAGUACUGUACGCUGUAAUGAGAAAACUCGUCCUCUCUUCAGAAACUGGCACGUUGAAUACUUACCAACCAGCUAUGCAGCACGACAACAGUGUAUAGUUGAACAGUAUACAGUAAUAAAACCUAAUAUAAUCAUCGAGAACACAAAAUAUUUGUUAAUAUUUUGCAUAUUUUUUUUAUUAAACUGUAUUUAUAAAAAAGUUACGUAGGUUUAAUUAUAUCUCAAGACUUCGGUACCAGUUUAAAGUGAAGUCCUGACAAUAUAUUAUAUGGCAAAUUUUGCACCAAAGAUAGCUCCACAUACAUUAGACAGUAGACUGUAUUAUUUAUACUCUUUAUUUGCGCACUAAAAAUACACGACAAAACAAAAAAAACAGACAAGCUUCUGUCUCAACUGUCUAAAUCAGUGCAUUAAUCCUCGGGGAAUAUGCAUUACCAUUAGAGAGUAUUCUGUUGUUUUGGUUUAACUCUCUUGAUUUACUAGUUAUUUACUAGGGACGACGAGGUUACUGGACUCAAUUCAUAGUUGAGCUAAAAAUUCACUAUUUGGGUAAUAUGCCAAGAACUUAUUAAAUAUCGUCUCAAAGCCUUGUGGAUCCUCUAAUCAAUCCAGCUCCUAUGAAAUGGCUAGUGCCCAGCAAUGUGGCCAUAACAGAAAUUAUGAUGAUACUGAAGUCUGUUUACAGAGGUUAAUUUUUAUCUUAACAUUUAGUUAUAAUAUUUAAGGA